AGCAUAGAUAAACAUUGGCAGUCAAUCUGAGAAAGAAAAGAAAAAAACAUCAAACAAGAAGAUAUGGCUUAUUCUAGAUACGGAAACUUGCAGGAAUUACAGUCCGAGAAGGCGGCGGCCUCCCUCCAAGGAAAUACCAGUUAUUCAACCGGAAACCUUCUACAAUCUCAAGUGGGAAUCCACCCAACGGGAAAUGUGCCUCUGCCUAAAAGGGGUCUGAAGUUACAGUCCCCGGAUGUGAUGUUGGAAAAAUGCAAAUCGCCUGUCAUUAAAACCGAUGCGGACGACGAUUAUGCAAAUAAGGAUGAUGACAAUUCACCAAGGAAUCCUCAUAAGGCGACGGCAUCUACAAAUGUUUACCGUGGCGCUUCCGUCGUCCCAGAGUUCAUUCCUAAGGUCACCACGCUCGGUGACGUCACCAUGUUUGAUAUUGAUCUUAAGAAAGAUGGCGACAUUGGUGACGUAAUGUCUGAAAGUAAAAACGACAUUCUAAAAGAGACGGCCAUCAAAAAGGAUCCCCCUGAAACGAGAAGACGGUACAGACCUAUUGAGCCGCGGGCAUUCUUAGACGCAUAUGACAAUUUUUCUGAUGAUGACAUAUUAUCAAACUCGAUCACCAUUGAAUUUGACCUAGAAAGUCCUCGGAAUCGAAACCCAGGAUUUGUACAGCGAGCUUUUGCAAACUUUGGACGCAAGACCCGGAAGUUUGGCAGGUACAUCAGACGGAAGUUGAGGCAGACUAGCGUGGUUCUGUGUGGGGGUAGCCAUGUUGGUUAGACUUUGUUACAAGUAUGA